AUGUAAAAAACAUUAUUAGUUGCAGGAUUGGCACUCCUUUUAAGCACAAUAGGCUACAUCUAAAAUCAAUAAUCUGUUGAUGAAGUCUCCAUGGUUUAUGAAGGAUUUAAAUAGAAAUUCUAAAAGACAUACACAUCAGCUGAGGAAGCUUACAGAAGAGGCAUCUUUGAAUAGAACUAUGCUAAAAUUUUAGCUCACAAUGCUGACCCAACAUAAACAUAUUAAACUGGUGUUAAUCAAUUCACCGAUAUGACUUAAGAUGAAUUUGUUGCCACCUAUUUGACCUAUACCCCACCUGAGGGAUGGUAACCAUCAGAUGAAGAAGUCGUUUAAGAAGGUGUUGCACCAAAUGACUCAGUUGAUUGGAGAUCAUCAGUUCGUGUUAAGAACCAAGGAAGUUGCGGUUCUUGUUGGGCCUUUUCUGCAGUUGGUGCUGUAGAAGCUUUCUUCAAAAUCAAAAAAGGAGCAGAUCACAAUUUAUCUGAAUAAUAAUUAGUUGAUUGUGACAAGGCAAGCAAUGGAUGCGAUGGAGGAUAUCCAGAUAAAGCUAUCAAAUAUAUUGCAGCUAAUGGAUCUUAAACUUAAGCCGCCUAUUAAUAUACUGGAGUAAAGGGAACAUGCAAAAGCGCAACCGGAUCAGUUAAAAAUUCAGGUGUUUCAACCAUUGCCAAAUCAGGUUUAUAAGCCGCAAUAAAAGACUAUCCAAUUUCAGUCUGUGUUGAUGCUUCAAAUUGGAGUAACUAUAAAUCAGGAGUCUUCAAUAAUUGCAACAAGAAUCUCAAUCAUGCAGUUAUGGCUGUAGGUUAUGAUGCUUCAGGUAAUUGGAUCAUCAAGAACUCUUGGGCAACUAGUUGGGGAGAGAAAGGUUUUAUGACUUUAUAAGCAGGAGAUACUUGUGGUGUUACUUAAGUGGCUGUCAAAGCAAUUUGA